AUGGCCGGCAAAAAUUUGGGCCUCGAGUCCUCCAACAGAGUCGAUGUGACCCCAAAAUCAGCCCAAUCCCACAAGCGCAAGCGAGAUGUCCAGGUCACCCAGCCCGCCGCAACGCCCACACCCACGAAGAAACACAUGAAACGCGACAGUUUGCCGAGCGCAGAGGUCGCAGAGGAUAGCAGCACCAAGAAGCGCAAGCGCCUCAAGGAUGCGCUUCAAGGAGAGAGUUCCCCGGAGACGUCCCGGAAAGAAAGUACUCUCUCGUCAGAGCGCAGCAAACAAAAAGCUACAGACUCAGAUCACGAAGUUGGCGAAAAGACAAAUAAAUCAAAGAGCAGCAAGCGAAAGAGCGAUGGAAAGAACGAUGCACCGGAUGAUGCAGCUAUACCUGUGACUGAGGAGAAGGACGAGAAUGAUGAAGCCUCAGAAGCUGACAAGGGCAAAUCGAAGAAUAAGCACUCGGGUAUCAUGUCAAAGUUCGAGCGUACAAAGAGUGUCGCAAGCGCCAAAGCGAAGAAAGUUGAACCCGAGGCUAUUGAAGAGAAGACACCUGCCGCUGAGCCUGUUUACGCGCAAGGCCUUGAACGACUGCCUCAGCCUGUGAAUCCGCCCGAGAUAGAGCAACUCCCAACAUACUCCUCUCUACCCAGUUGGCUGGCGAAUCCAGUGCGCAAAUCCACCCAAGACACACAACCGUUUUCUGAGCUGGGGAUCAAACCAGAUCUGCUCAAGAUUCUUGAACAGCAGAAUUAUACGGAAGCAUUUGCUGUACAGUCUACCGUCAUUCCUCUGCUGCUACAAGGUGAGAAGAAUCACUCUGGAGAUCUCUGUGUUUCUGCCGCCACUGGAUCCGGAAAAACACUUUCUUACGUACUCCCACUCGUCACCGCUUUGCCUUCGAGACCUGCCUCCAGACUUCGGGGAUUGAUUGUUGUCCCCACACGAGAGCUAGUUAAACAAGCCCGAGAGGCCUGCGAACUGUGUGCUUCGGGCUCCCGACUUCACAUCGGAAGCGCAGUGGGUAAUGUAGCCAUCAAGGAUGAGCAAAAGCUUUUGAUGCGUGUGGAUCAGGUUUACAACCCUGCCAUUCAACAACAACAGCGGGAAGGACUUAAAGGAAAUGACUGGAUGAAUUUGAGUCUUGAGGACUGUGUCAGUGAGGCAGUCGAAUCCAAUGGAUCUCUCCCUGGUCAUAUCCAGCGAGCUGAGCCCAAUGUCGACAUUCUCAUCUGUACCCCAGGUCGUCUUGUUGAUCACAUUCGCUACACGAAGGGAUUCACCCUCAAGCACCUCGAAUGGCUGGUCAUUGAUGAAGCCGAUCGUCUCUUGAACGAGAGUUUCCAAGAGUGGGUUGAUGUUGUUAUGAACUCCUUGAAUAGUCGCCAGGACCCCGAGACGUUCGGCCCUGGAGGCAAGCUCCUGUCAGAACUUGGGCUUCCGAUUGACGCCAAGCCGCCGAGAAAGGUUGUUCUGAGUGCUACCAUGACUCGGGAUAUCUCGAAACUCAACUCGCUACGUCUUGCCAACCCCAAAAUGGUUAUCAUCGGGUCAGAGGAACGUCUCGACGAAGAAGAAGGCCUUCUUGCCUCCCGCGCAGAUGGCCAGUUCACCCUGCCAUCCACUCUCUCCGAGCGUAUGGUCCAAGUUGGUGACGGGUCGCUCAAGCCACUCUACCUCCUACGUCUUCUUCUAUCUCACAUCGAGCUUAAGGGAGAUCGCGCUUCUAGCGUGUCCGAUUCAUCCGGCUCCGACAGCACUAGCUCUGAUGACGACACGAGUAGCGACGAUGAUACCAGCUCCGAUGAAUCAUCCGAUGACGAUACUUCCUCUUCUGGUUCAGGCUCUGACACUGAGUCCUCCUCUGACUCCUCUGAUUCCUCCUCUGACUCCUCUGAUUCCUCUGAUUCCUCUGAUUCCUCUGAUUCUUCCGACUCGUCUGAUUCGGAAUCCGAUGAGAUGGAACUUGUUCCAACUGCUGCACGCAAGACCGUUCUGAUUUUCACCAAGUCAUCCGAGUCCGCAUCCCGUCUUUCGCGUCUCAUAGCACUGUUGCAUCCCGCCUUGGCCAAACGCGUUGGAACAAUCAUCAAAUCCAACAACUCCUCUGCAUCUCGCAAGACCCUGCGGGCUUAUCAACAAGGACGCAUCUCAAUCAUCGUUGCCACCGACCGUGCUUCCCGUGGUCUUGAUCUGCAAUCUUUGACACACGUCAUCAACUACGAUGUUCCUACCAGUGUUACCACCUACGUGCACCGAGUCGGACGUACCGCCCGUGCAGGCCGCGAAGGUUCCGCAUGGACGCUGGUCGCUCACCGCGAGGGCUACUGGUUCGCCAACGAAAUUGCGGGCGGCCCCAUUACCCGAUCCUCACUCAUCGAUAAAGUCAACAUCAAGCCGGAGGCACUUGGUUCACUAAAGCCGAAGUACACGAAGGCUUUGGACAAGCUGGAGAAGGAGGUCAAACGCGGUUAG